UAGUUUUACCGUUCUCGAAUCCCUAUCUCUAUCUGUCUGCUCUCUUCCUCAAAUCCCUUGUCAGUGGGGAAUUGAAUUGCAGUAUGUAUGUAUACCCGAACCUAAUAGGAAUCCUCAACCAUAAUAAAAGCCUUACCAGCCGUGAGAAUCACCAUUCCAUUGUUCCGAAAUCUAAUUUUUCUUUUCUUUUCAAACUCAAUCUUAUCUCUCGGCAUUUCUUCUCUCAUGGCUGAAUUGGAAAAUCCCCUCCUCAAUGAAUUCUGUGCUGCCGACACUGGCGUCGCCACCUUCCAGUCACGCCAAGGGCCCGCCCCCAACGCCGACCAAUGCCUGAAACAGAGCCUUAAUGGUUGCAAAAGGUUCAAUCGGAACAGAAUUGCCGACAAUGGAAUUCAGAAAUCUAGUGAUCCUAAACAAGUUGCCAGAUCUGCAAAGAUAUCAGAGCUGACCACCAAUACUCUUAUGAGCUCUAAAGGCUCCAUGAAGCUUCCAUCUGGAUUUGUUGAGCAGAAGCAAUUCAAGGCGAACACGAGUCAUUGCAGGUUUAUGAGAUGCGAUACUGCUACCAAAGCAAGGAAGAGAACCCAAUUGUCUCUUGGAUUGCCGACCUCUAGUAAGUUAAAAAGAUCAAAGAGAUCAUCAUCAACAGAAAGAAGAACAUCAAUUGAUGAUCUAUCUGACGUUAUAUUGGCUGAAAUCCUUUGCCGACUUCCAUGCAAUAAAUUUGUUUUUCAAUGCAAGUCUGUGUCUAAGCAUUGGUGCACUCUCAUCGCAGAUCCUUAUUUUAUUGGCCGCUUUGUAAAUAUCCAAAGUUAUAAGAGAACUCCAAAGAUACGCACUUUGAUAAACAAAAGAGUGGUGGAAUUCCCUCCUAAAGUGUCGCUGUCACCUAAUCUACUAACACAGUCGCUCGAAAGAAUCAUUUGUUUCCACCGUUUCAUAGGAAAUCCAGUUGUGGUAGCGACAUAUAAUGACUUACUUUUGUGCUGCACAAGCAUGGAUUAUCAGCGCAAUUACUACAUCUGCAAUGCAUACACCAUGCAAUGGGUUGGUCUUCCUCCCACCCCAAGUCGAUGUCACAAGCGUGUACGAGUGGGAUUCAUCUGCAAUGUUCCUGACUAUAAUUGUGAGGAAGACAAUUGGAAAGGAAAUAACAGCCAGCUUAAUGUUGAGUGUAGGUCCACGGUUGUGAGAAUUCUGCCUCCUGUUGAAUAUGCAAAUGAUGAGAAGAAAUGUGAUACCUUCAAAUUAAACGUGGAGAUCUUCUCUUCUGAAACUGGAGAGUGGAAAGAAUCUGUUGUCUCGUCCCCACGCAACUUCGAUUUUCGUGGCCUCAAUGAGUUUUCCUUUGCAUACAAUGGAAUGUUAUAUUGGCCAACAGACCGCGGCCUUAGUGUUAUUGGUUUGGGUCCAUUCUAUGAUAAUGAUGGAACUAGUAGCAGCAGCAGCAAUGGUGAUGGUAAUAUUGAUCAUAAACUAGGUUUCACUAUAUUUGAGGAACCUCUAGACAUAGGUUUUAGUGUUCAGUACUUAGGUGUGUGCAGAGGAUAUGUGCGAAUGUGCAACAUGAGCAUGAUGACCGAACGUCUGUAUGUAUAUGUGUUGAAAGAGACACAAGAUGGAGAUGCUGCGGGCAAAAAGCUGUGUUUGAGUGAACGCAGGGUUUAUUCCUUGGACCCUAAAAUAUUCCUGAACCAGCCGUGUUGCAUACUGAAUGCUUUUGACCCAAAUAAUAAGGAUAUUUUGUAUCUGCGUGUGAGCACAGAUAUUAUCAAGUGGAACAUGCACACAGGAGAGUGGUCAAAGAUAGUUGAAAACUGUGGAACAGAUCGUUUCUAUUACACAGUUGUUCUCCCAUUGUGGCCGACACCAGUUCCUAGACUAGCGUAGCAGCAGCAUGCCAGCAUGCCCAUCCAUGGUGGAGGUACUAGCAGCUUUUAGAUAGCAAGAAUUAUAAAGUAGUAAACUUUUAUUUGGUUUAGUUGGAUUAUUUGUAUUUGAUAUACUCAGCAAUAUAACACUUUUUAAUUGCUGAUAAAUACCCUAAUAUGUUCUGUUUUGUGUUCAACUGUUUUUUUCCCUCUUGUUUUUGUUAUGGCGAUAUACGCAGG